AUGGGAGAGCUCAAUUUCUUUCUAGGCUUGCAAAUCAAGCAAACUACAGAAGGCAUAUUCAUCCAUCAAGAAAAAUAUGCAAAGGAACUUGUCAAGAAGUUUGGGCCGGACUAUGCUAAGCCAAUGGGAAUCCCCAUGCAUCCUAAUAUCAAGCUUGAUAAGGAUGAACAUGGUAGAGAUGUUGAUGAGACACGCUAUAGAGAGAUGAUUGGAUCUUUGAUGUAUCUAACCUCCUCAAGGCCUGAUAUCAUCCAAAGUAUUGGAGUUUUCUCAAGGUUUCAAACAAAGCCUAAGGAGUCCCAUCUCUUAGCUGUCAAGAGGAUCAUCCGAUAUAUACUUGGUACCAUUGAUUAUGGGUUAUGGUUUCCUAAGACUGAUUCAUUUCAAUUAGUAGAUUUCUGCGAUGUAGAUUUUGCUGGGGAUAGAAUUGAUAGAAGAAGCACAAGUGGCAUGUGCUGCUUUCUUGGGAAAUCUCUCAUUGUUUGGUCUAGCAAGAAGCAAGUUGCAGUGGUACUUUCAACAGCCAAAGCUGAGUAUAUUGCAGCCUCCUCUUGUUGUUCUCAAUUAUUAUGGCUGAAAACUUAA